ACUAUAUUCUACAUUUUACUGUUUAAUGUUUACAAAUUUAAUUAAUGAAAAACCUAAGGUGCUGUUUACAUUCAACAUAAGAAAAUACUAAUGAGUCAUUUUAGAUUCGUACUCACCUAAUACUUUAUUUUCUGAAACACAUAACAAUCACUAAAAAUGUCCCAAAGAACAUUAACUUUUGUUACGGGCAACAUAAAGAAAUUAGAAGAGGUUAGAGCUAUACUGGGAAACAGCUUUCCUUUAGAAGUUACAAGUCAUAAAUUAGAUCUUCCAGAAUUACAGGGUGAAAUAGAAGAGAUUUCUAUAAAGAAAUGCCAAGAAGCAGCCCACCGCAUAAACUGUCCUGUUUUAAUCGAAGACACCUCAUUAUGUUUUAAUGCUUUGAAAGGUCUGCCUGGGCCAUAUAUUAAGUGGUUUUUGGACAAACUACAACCGGAAGGAUUACACCAACUACUGGCUGGAUGGGAAGAUAAAUCUGCAGAAGCUGUAUGUACAUUUGCCUACUCACCUGGUAAACCCAAUGAUGACGUUUUGGUAUUUCAAGGAAGGACUUCUGGAAAAAUUGUCUCUCCAAGGGGAACAAGAGACUUUGGUUGGGAUUGUGUAUUUCAACCGGAUGGCUAUGAUAAAACAUAUGCUGAAUUGCCAAAGGAGGAGAAGAAUAAAAUUUCUCAUAGAUAUAAGGCACUAGAUAAGCUAAGAGCAUAUUUUGUUCAAAAUCAAAAUGCUGAAGUAUAAAUGUGGUGUUUCAGAACAAUGUAGUAGUACAGAGUACUCACAGUUGGAGUGGGUAUUGGACUUACUAUUGGAGAGAAACCACUUGAUGUAGAGGGAAGCAUAGGGGUGAAUCCACCAGUUUCAAAUUUAGGCAAAUCUGUUACAGGG